AUGUAGGCUCUUACGUCACUAAGAAAGCACCAUUUUCCAGUUGCAUGAAGUUUAUUAUAUUACUCAAGCAAGAGAAAUCUACACAUAAUUGUUCAUUCGAUAUUUCGAUCCAUUAAUUUCAUUUUUUUCCUAUGGCUUCUCAAAACCCCCAGCUGCACUUUGUCUUGUUUCCAUUUAUGGCUCAAGGUCACAUGAUCCCAAUGAUAGAUAUUGCCAGAAUUCUGUCACAGCGUGGCGUGAUGAUCACCAUAGUCACCACACCACAUAAUGGUGCUCGUUUUCAAACAGUUCUUGCUCGUGCCAUAGAAUCUGGGCUCCAAAUCCGGUUAGUCCAACUGAAAUUUCCAUGUGAAGAAGCAGGACUACCUGAUGGGUGUGAAAACCUUGACAUGCUACCUUCACAAGACUUGACCUUGAAUUUCUUUACAGGAACUGCGGUGCUACAACUGCCAGUAGAAAAGUUAUUCGAAGAGCUGCACCCCAAGCCAAGUUGCAUAGUCUCUGACAUUUGUUUGCCAUGGACCAUCAACAUUGCUCGCAAGUUCCACAUUCCAAGGGUAUCUUUCUCUGGAACGAGUUGCUUUUGUUUACUUUGUAUGUUCAUUUUGCACAUGUCUAAGGUUCACGAGAAUAUAACCUCCGAAUCGGAGUACUUUGUUGUGCCGGACUUGCCCGAACGAAUUGAGAUAACCAAGGCUCAGCUUCCAGGGCCUCUGACUCCGAAUAUGAAAGAUUUUCAUGAAGUAAUGGUUGCAGCUGAGCUGGAGUCAUAUGGGAUAAUUAUGAAUACUUAUGAAGAAUUGGAACCGGCAUAUGUUAAAGAUUAUAAGAAGGCAAGAAAUGACAAAGUCUGGUGUAUUGGCCCGGUGUCACUAUGCAACAAAGAUGACUUGGAUAAGGUACAAAGAGGUAACAAGGCCGCAGUUGACGAAAACCACUACUUGAAGUGGCUUGAUUCCUGGGGAUCAAGUUCUGUACUUUAUGCUUGCCUUGGAAGUUUAUGUAAUCUCACAUCUGAGCAACUGAUAGAACUUGGACUGGGAUUAGAGGCAUCAAAGAAACCAUUUAUUUGGGUUGUAAGGGGUAGUGGUCAAUCGGAGGGGUUGGAACUGUGGAUGAAAGAAAAUGGUUUUGAGGAAAGGACCAAAGAAAGGAGCCUUUUGAUUCGAGGUUGGGCUCCACAAACACUAAUAUUGUCACACCCUUCAGUUGGAGGGUUCUUAACACAUUGCGGCUGGAAUUCAACAUUAGAAGGCAUAUGUGCUGGGCUGCCAAUGAUUACAUGGCCGCUGUUUGCAGAUCAGUUUCUCAAUGAGAAACUAGUGGAACAGAUUCUAAAAAUUGCAGUGAGGGUUGGGGUAGAAUAUCCAAUGAAGUGGGGAGAGGAAGAGAAGAUAGGUGUGUUGGUGAAGAAGAAAAAUGUGAAGGAAGCAAUAGACAAGUUGAUGGAUGGAGAGGAAAGUCAAGGGAGAAGAGAAAGAGCAAAAAAGUUUGCAAAGAUGGGAAAGAGAGCAGCAGAAGAAGGGGGGUCUUCUGAUCUCAACAUUGCAGUUCUAAUCCAAGAUAUCAUGCAAAAAGAGGGAUGACAUACAGGCCACAGCAAAGUAAGAUGAGACUGAUUUCAUAUGUAAAGGACAUUUCAAUGGUAAUGUUGCAUUUUUGAUAUUCGGAAUGAAUAUUUAUAAUGUAGACAUUUAGCUGCACCAUACAUGUAAGAUUGAGUUUCGAUUUGCUUAUUAUUCAUAUCUAGUUUUUAAUUUUGAUCAGA